AUGAGUGAAAAAGCAAAUAUUGUUAUGAGUGACGAACAACUCAUUCAAUUAAUUGAAGCGCUAGGACGAACAUCGCAAGUUAAUACUGAAGAAAGUUUUGAACGUUUAGCACAAUCAUUUGCAUCUUUAUCUACCGCAGACAAUAUGCAGCGAGGAAGUUUUGUAAAAUGUACGGCGAGAUUUAACGGCGUUCGUCAGUACGAACAAGUUGAAGAAUUCAUCAAUACAAUUUCGAUUUUCAAAAAAAUCGAAAAUAUCUCUGACACUGAUGCAUUAGACGGUCUGGGACUGCUUCUAAUGGGACAAGCUUCGAUAUGGUGGCAAGGUGUGAAAACUGAAGCGGACACAUGGGAAACUGCAUUAAAAUUAAUACGGCAAACCUACGCUCCAAAAAAACAACCACAUGAAAUUUAUACCGAAAUAUUUGCAUCCCGACAAGGCGCUAAAGAAUCCAUAGACUCAUUUCUGUGCUCUAAAAGAGCCCUUUUUGCUCAACUGCCUGAUAAGCGGCAUAACGAAGAGGAACAGUUGGAUUUAGUGUUUGGGCUACUUAAUACAAAAUUGAAGCGAAAUAUACAACGGUCGGAUGUAACAACAUUUAGCGAACUUUUAUCUAAAGGUCGCCAUUUUGAAAUUUUUGACAAAGAAGAGGACUUUAGGAAAAUAAUUCCAAAAAAGGUGUUCUUUUUUGCUCAAAACGGGGACACACGCAAGAUGAAUGUCGGAAAAUGUUGGCCGAAAAAAAAGACAGCAGCGAGGAUUACAAAAUAA